UCUCUUUUGUUGCCCUAUUGAAGAAAAAAGCGGUUUUUCUUUAUAAUUUGUUAUUGUUGUACCCUGAAGGUGGGAAUGAACUAAACUUCGGAAAUGAUCAAAACAGAAAAAGUCUUACAUUUAAAGAGUUCGCGGGGAAGAAAAGUUCGUGUGGUUCGGGAGCUCUAUCUGCGGGAGCAGGUCCCGUGCGGAAGUGUGCUGUGCCAGGCGGAAUGUCAACACGAUGGCAAGCUGCUGUCCGGGGAUGUGACUCAUUAUGUGGUGCCAGAUGCUGGCGUGGUGAGAGACUACCUGGAGAUUUUUGAGUUCAGGGAGUUUCGAGGGGUGGUGUUUACACAGACUGCAUGCCAGGCUUUACAAAACACACGUGGGCGCAGGCACUAUAACAGGCUGCGUGGCCUCCUAAAGGACCCACGGUAUGACUGUGUCCUAUAUGCUAAUGAGUUUCAGCGGUUUUCUUACUGUGCACGGAAAAUGGGGGAAUCACAAGAGAAAUGGCAAACAAGGUGUGUGUACAAUGCAGCGGUGUGGUAUUAUAACCACCUGGCUAGUCUGAUGUCAGUAGUUAUGAUCACAGAAGACCAGGAGGCCAUUAAAGAGUAUGGCAGUCAGAACAGUGGUGUUUACGUCGUCUCAACUCGGGAAUACCUGGAGAGUUUUUGGCCAAACUUGCAUGCAGCUCAAGAGCUGUAUGCCUCCAUUGCUCAGACCCUACAAGAUCGAGAGAAUGAAGGGGCAGAGAAAGAGUACUCUGAGCAUUUACCUGCUGAGGUUUUGGAGUCUGGGAUCAAAUCUGGGAGAUACAUUCAUGGAACCCUGAGUGUGAACAAGCACCGUGCACAGCAUGAGGCCUUUGUGCGUUUUGAGGGCUCUGCGAGCAAGAAUGCAGAGCUUAACAGUGAUGUUCUGAUCAAUGGAAUGAAGCAUCGGAAUCGGGCCAUACACGGUGACGUAGUUGCUGUAGAAUUGUUGCCUCGUGGUGAGUGGAAGGGUCGUAACAUGGCUUUAACAGAGGGACGAGGAGAUGAGAAAGGAGGGGAAACUCAGAGUCAGCCUAUGCCGACAGGCAGGGUGGUGGGUAUCAUACAGAGAAACUGGAGGGACUACGUGGUCACGUUUCCUCCUCGAGAGGAGCUGCAGACUCAGUCCCGAAACUCUCUGAAGAUUCUGGCUAUUCCAUGGGACUGCCGAAUCCCGAAGAUCCGGAUCAGCACCCAGCAGGCUGAAGCACUGCAGGACCAUAGGGUGAUUGUGCGAGUGGACUCAUGGGAGAGCACUUCUCUCUACCCCAAUGGUCACAGUGUGAGAGUCCUGGGGAAGGCCGGUGAGGUGGAGACUGAAAUUCAGACCAUACUGGUGGAGAACUGCAUCAGUGUGACUCCAUUCUCUGAAGCCCAGUUGCGUGAGAUGCCUGUGAACUCUAAAGAGCAGCCUUGGCAGAUAGACCAGGCUGAGAUAAGUGCUCGGAAGGACCUGCGUGAAACACACCUGGUGUUUAGUAUUGACCCUCUGGGCUGUGAGGACGUGGAUGACACAUUGUCGGUGCGAACGCUGCCAGGGGGAAAACGUCUAGAGCUGGGGGUCCACAUUGCAGAUGUCACACACUUUGUUAAAGAGGGAUCUCUCACUGAUCUGGAGGCUCGCUCCAGAGCAACAACCUAUUACCUGGCUGAUCGAAGAUAUGACAUGCUGCCAGCGGUGUUGAGUGCUGACCUCUGCUCACUGCUAGGAGGAGUGGACAGAUAUGCCAUGAGUGUUAUAUGGGAGCUGGAUGCUAAGACCCUGGCCAUGUGUAGCGUGUGGUACGGCCGCACACUCAUCCGAUCCUCUUACCAGCUGCACUAUGAGCUGGCGCAGAACCUGCUAAAUGGAAAAGAUGUAAAGGUGCCGGAACUUGCCCAGCUCGAAAGUUCAGUACAGGACCAGAAGCUGGCUGAGCUCCUACAGGCCCUGAAACAGCUGACUCGAGUGGCCAGGCACCUGAGGUCACAGAGGGACAAGGGUGGUGCUUUAGAGCUGGAGGGUGUUGAAGUCAGGGCACAGCUGGAUGAAGACAAAAACAUCACCGCUCUGGUGCCCAAGCAACCUUUGGAGGUGCAUGAGACGGUGGCAGAGUGCAUGAUUUAUGCCAAUCACUGGGUGGCACGUAAGAUCCAGGAAUGUUUCCCACACCAAGCGCUACUGAGGCAUCAUCCGCCACCCAGGCAGGAGUUCUUCAACCAGCUGAUUGACAGUGCCAAGAGUCGAGGCUUUGUCAUUGAUACCAGGUCCAACAAAGCUCUGGCUGAUUCUCUGGACCAGGCAGUGGAUUCUCAAGACCCCCUGGUAAAUAGGCUGUUGAGGGUGAUGGCCACCCAGGCCAUGUCUAAUGCCCUGUACUUCUCCACUGGAGCCUGCCCAGAGGAACAGUACUACCACUAUGGUCUUGCUCUGGAUCGCUACACCCAUUUCACUUCUCCAAUCAGGCGCUAUGCUGACAUCAUAGUGCAUCGUCUUCUCAUGGCUUCUGUCCAGUCAGAGAAAGAGGAGUGGUUUCACAAGAGCUUCGCUAACAACAAGGAACUUGAGGAAAUCGCUCAUCAUAUCAACAACAGAAACCGAGCAGCUCAGCAUGCUCAGAAGGAGUCCACAGAGCUUUUCCAAUGCCUCUACUUCCGAGAUAAGGACCCACUCACUGACGAGCGCUGUGUGGCCGAUGCUAUUAUAUACUCCAUCAGGGCUAAUGGCAUACUGGUCUUUGUCCCACGGUAUGGUUUAAAGGGUGCAGUGUACCUGAAGAAUCGGGAGAAUCAGGUGGUGAGUGUGGGGGAUGACGGUGUGUGUGUGUGGCAGGCGGGGACACUGCAGCGUUAUCCAGACAGGAUCUGCUCGUGUACCAGCACUGGGACAAACACCUUUUACCUAUUCGACCAUAUCACAGUGCGUAUCUCUGUGGAAACCUCCCGUUGCCAUUCUGACAACUUGCAUCUGGAACUCCUUAACAACAAACCACAUCAGUCUGCUACCACAGAGUCUCGGGUGAGCAGCCGGGUCCAGUCUGAGCUGAUCGAGGAGGUGGUGCGCAGGGAAGAGGCAUCUAUUCAGGCAGAAGUUGAGAAGACCAGGAGACCAAGACUGAGCAAAGAGGAAAAGGAGUUCAGACAGAGCAAAGCACCAAAUCUCUACACAAUCCUUCAGGAGAUCAGUGAGCUCGCCCUGUCCGAUACUGCUUUCUGUCACAUAAAACAAAACACUGUACCAACAUGCACAACGUCAGCUUGAAGAUUUAGUACAAAUUCAACUGGAUUUUAUUGCUGGAUAUUGUGAAGUGUUAUUUUUAGUUACUCUGUUUGUGAUUAUAUGGAUGCACUCAAGUGUUUUAAGGAUUUACUCAGAUAUUUGUCAUUAAAUAAUAACUGGUUAAAUGAAUUGUAGUGAUUUUAGUGAUGCACUGAUUUACAAAUUAAUGAUUGUGGUUUAGCUGUAUUUUUUUUUUUUCUUUUUUAGUUUAUAUAUAUUUUUGUACAUGAUUGUAUUAAUUGUAAUAUUUACAACCUUGCACUGAGACUUUACUGGAGUGUUUUAUUAAAAUAUAUUUUUAUAAGUUGUAUGUUGAGUUUGUAAUAUAAUCUUGUGAUGCAAAACUUUUGAACAAAGAAAGUCCUAUAUCCAAUAAAUCUCACGUGUGAAAAAAAUAAUAAAAAUAAUACAACCUG